AUACAUUGAUAUCAUCAUCAUCAUUCAAGUUUAUUUAUGGAUCCAAUGUUAUCGUUUGUCAUCAAUGCGAUUUUGAAAUGAUGAUCGCAAAAUACAAAAAACUAGUUUUAUGGAAAAAUCACGAGUUAGGAUGGUUAUUUUUUUUUCUUUGAUAUUAUUAUUAUGUUAUUAUUCCAGUCAAUAAAAAGCAAACAUCGUCAUUAUUAAUAAAUUCAUUACAUCGGUCAUCAUCAUCGACAAAGUUUCAAACAUUAUUAUCAUUGGUAAAAAUGUGGAAAUUGGAAAAAAGUUCAUUAAAUCGUGUUACACCGGUACCAUCUGAUAUUGAAAUAACUCGUGCACAUAAAUGUAAACCAAUAAAACAAUUAUGUCAUGAAAUUGGUCUCCAUGAACAUGAAUAUGAACCAUAUGGACAUUAUAAAGCAAAAAUUGAUCGAACAAUACCUGCACAAUUUGAUCAGACAAAAAUGGGUAAAUAUGUCAUCGUGGCUGGAAUGACGCCUACACCGUUGGGUGAAGGUAAAAGCACCACGACAAUCGGUUUGGCACAAGCUUUGUGUGGCCAUUUAGAUCAUAAUACUAUUGCAUGCAUUAGGCAACCAAGUCAAGGACCAACAUUCGGUAUUAAAGGCGGUGCUGCUGGUGGCGGUUAUUCCCAGGUGAUUCCAAUGGAUGAAUUUAAUUUACAUCUUACUGGUGAUAUUCAUGCCAUAUCAGCAGCAAAUAAUCUGAUUGCUGCUGCCAUAGAUGCUCGUUAUUUUCAUGAAUCCACACAAAAAGAUUCUGCUCUUUACGAUCGAUUGGUACCAAAACAUCCGAAUAAGCCACGGAAAUUCUCAAAAAUACAAUUAAGACGUCUGGAAAAAUUGGGCAUUCCAACGGAAAUUGAUCCAGAUCAAUUGACUGAAAAACAAAAGUUGGACUUUUCUCGAUUAGAUAUCGAUAUCGAUACAAUUAAUUGGAAUCGUGUUGUUGAUUGUAAUGAUCGAUAUCUCCGGUCGAUAACCAUUGGUCAGGCACCAACAGAAAAAGGAUUAUCAAGGAAAACUCAAUUCGAUAUAUCGGUUGCAAGUGAAUUAAUGGCCAUUUUAGCUUUAGGUAAUGAUAUGGCCGAUAUUAAACGAAGAAUAGGUCGAAUUGUUGUUGCAUUUUCCAAACAUCAACCACCGAAACCGAUAACAUGUGAUGAUUUAGGCGUCACUGGUGCAGUUAUGGUUUUGCUUAAAGAUGCUAUCAAGCCAACAGUUGUACAAACAUUGGAAGGAACUCCAGUGUUUGUUCAUUGUGGUCCAUUCGCCAAUAUUGCUCAUGGUAAUUCAUCGGUUGUUGCCGAUAAAAUUGCAUUGGAAAUGGUCGGUCCUGAUGGUUUUGUUCUCACUGAAAGUGGUUUCGGUGCAGAUGUUGGUCUUGAAAAAUUAGUUGACAUUAAAUCACGUGCUUCUGGUUUACGGCCAGAUUUGGUAGUAUUGGUAUGUACAAUAAGAGCAUUGAAAAGUCAUGGUGGUGGACCAUUAGUUACACCGGGUGCUAUUCUGCCAAAAGAAUAUCGUGAAGAAAAUCUUGAUCUUGUUGGUAAAGGUUUGAUUAAUCUUAAAAUUCAUAUCGAAAACAUUCGAGAACAUUUUGGCUUACCUGUUGUUGUUGCAAUCAAUCGAUUUUCUACGGACAGUGAUCUUGAACUUGAUUUAGUUAGACAAAAAACUAUUGAAUAUGGUGCCUAUGAUGCUUGCAUUGCUAAUCAUUGGGAACAAGGUGGUGAAGGUGCCAUAGAUUUAGCUCGAUCCGUAAUUGAUGCUUGUUUUUCUAAUAAAAAUGUGGAAAAUCAUUUUAAAUUUGUUUACAAUGACGAAGAUGCGAUUGAAAUGAAAAUUGAAAAAAUUGCCACAAAAAUUUAUCGAGCCAAUGGUGUGGAAUAUAGUGAACAAGCUCAAAAACGUUUAGAACUUUAUAAAAGACUUGGUUAUGAUCGAUUGAAUAUUUGUAUCGCUAAAACUCCACUGUCUAUUUCACAUGAUCCAUCAUUGAAAGGAGCACCAAGUGGAUUUAAAUUUCCGAUUAAAGAUAUUCGUGCUUCGGUUGGUGCCGGAUUUCUUUAUCCACUUGCUGGAGAGAUUCAAACAAUGCCCGGACUUCCUACGAGACCAGCAUUCUAUGAUAUCGAUAUCGACACAGAAACUGGUGUUAUUGAAGGAUUAUUCUAAAUCUUUGCGUUUUGCGAAACUAAAAAAAAAAAAUCUUAAUAAAUUUUUUUUUGUUAUUUUCAAUAAUAAAAUCUUGUUAUAUUAGUGUAAA